GCGAGCCCGAGGAGUCGAAACUACGGAAUUCCAACCGACAGAGUAGUACCGGCGUUCGUACGACACGGUCACAGUUGUAGUGAGCGAGUGUAAUCCGAGGUGAGAGAGUGAGAGAAAAGAGAGAGAAAGAAAAGGGAGAGGGGGGGGAUUUGAACGGAGGGGUGACGCGAAGCUGAGGUGGUUGCGUCUCAUUGUGUUCGCCGGCUCAGUUCCGCUGCUCUCGCAGUACCGGAUACGCGACGUCAGGUGAUCGAUUCUCACCCACGAUCAGUCCCGCGUAAAGAGAAAGAGAGACUCCACAAGUGAAAAUUAUUGCGAUAUAUAGACAUAGUUACAGUGAGCAAAGUGCGAAGUAUAUUUCGCGCUCGCAACAAUCGUCGCGAAAUUUUCAAAGUGACGAUUCGAGGCGUCCCACCGGAAAUCUUCUCUCAAAAUCAAAGUGUCGAUCAUCGAAAGAGACUUUGCUAGAGAAACGACGAACGUAAAUUUGAGCGUUAUCGAACGCCAGCAUGUAAAUCAUGGACUAUAUGCGCGUUUAUUUUCAUUUCGUUUUGUUCAUCUUGGCGCCGACGUAACCGAUAACGUCCGACGCUCAUUAUCGAGAGCCGUCUCUAGUUCUCACAGCCAAGGAGCCGGCAAGUGGUGGUACCGUCCCGCUGUCGUUGUCAUCGUCGUCGACACGCCGUCGAACCGAGGUCAACAAUGCCGUACGCGGUGACUGCGAUUUAUCGAGCAACAUUGAAUUGGAUAUUCGCGUCCGCAAUCGGUGCGAUCAUAUGAUAAAUGUAGAACACGUUGUAUUCCCGGUUUCUUUUUGUUUUCUCCUUUCUUCUCUCUUUUUGUUUUAAACCCCUCCCUCUUCCUUCCCUUCUAUACGGCUAGAUCGAAGCGCAUUGUUUCUCCCGUUGAACUAGUGAACCCUUGCACGUGACUCGCCACGGUGUCUUUUCGCGCUUUCACGUACGACGCGAUUGUUCAUGUGUUAUUUCGCUACUUCGCGUGUAGUUUUGCUGCGUCAUAGGACGCGAUCCAAGAGGCGACUAAGUGAAACAACAGACCGGAAAGAAAGGAAGAAGGAUCGUCACGUUAUAGUUGCGCGCGCGCUCGGACGCGUGUAACGGGCGCUCAUGUGUGUGUGUCGUCUAGUUUUAUUCUGUUCGUGUUGUGUACGAGUUACUAUUCGACGGCUGAAACACGUGACUUGACGAUCGAGUGGAAAGAAGACAAUAUGAGUGAAAUGACGAAUGUUGUCGAGGCACAGCAACAACAGCAACAAUACGUAGGUGGCAGUUCAAAUACGAGGCAUCGUUGUAAGGACUGCGGUGUGAAUUUUGACGGCGAGAAGAGCCUGGAAGUACACAUACAGUAUAGUCAUAAAGAGAAUUUGUUAAAUCAGUGGACUAAUAAGGCACAACAGGAAGAGAGCAAUAAUAAUCAUAGUAAGACUGGUAAUCAUAAUAGUCACGUGAAUGUCAAUCGGGAUAGUGUGACUGUGCCGACGGACUCAAGUGAGCCGUCAUCGAUGUCGCCUUCUCAGGAUCCAACAUCCUCGCAGCAGCAACAGCAACAACAGCAACAGCAGCAGCAGCAGCAGCAGCAGUCACAACAACAAUCUCAGCAACAACAGCAGCAGCAACAACAGCCUGCCAUACAUACACUUGUAUGUCAGCCAUAUGAUCAUUUUCAAACAUCAAUGUUUAGCGACAGCAGCGGCUAUUACAUGCCAAACGAGCAGCCUUAUAUGUUAACUCAUCAUUUUACACCGUCACAGGAAGAUGUUCAAGGCAAUCGCGACGGUGGCGGCGGUUAUCCGCGUUAUCAUCCAUAUCAGCAUCAUCAGCAGCACUAUUCUGCGGAUCGCGCGACGUCUAAUUCUACUAGCCCGCAAAGUCCGCCGCUUCAAUGUGACAAAUGCGGAGCCGUUUACGAGGAUGCAAAUCAAUUAGGCGAGCACAUGAGAACGAAUCAUCUGGAUUCGCCUUCUGCAUAUCCAUCUGCGCCACAAUAUCAACAACUGGGCAAUAGUCCUCAGCAGUUGCAUCCAUCACCGCCUCUUUCCAAUCAACCGCAACAACAACCUAGUUACGAUUACAACGGCGGACAAACGAGCAAGUCGGAUAUGAAACAGGAACCGCCUGAAGAGCAGGCUGAAAUCCUCGACUUAGAUUCUCAUAAGGUGCAAACGCAUCGAUAUGAAGAAGAGCUUGUAAGAAUUCAACAUCAGCAGCAGCAAGGACUUCAGAUACAGAUGCAGCAACGGCUGAUACCGCAGCAGCAGCACAGAAUAGGAUCACAUUCGGUGAGUUCUAUGCUGGGUUGGCCACCGGCCGCCCAAUCACAUGAUUAUCAUACUGGGCUUGGCUCUAUGGGCCCCAUAGACAAUGUUCCUCCACCGAUUGCUGAUCAGGGUCAGUUCAUACGCGGUCAGCAUAUGCCCAUGGAGCAUGGACAUCAAAGUUCACCGAUAAUCACAAGCACGCAACCGAUGGCAAGUCAUCAGAUGCCAGCUGGGUUCGCUCAACAACCACCAAAAGCGCCGUUAGCAAAUCAAUCCUGGAAAAGCAACGAGCCGCGCCGGCCAAAGACCUACAAUUGCACCGCGUGCAACAAGUGGUUUACAAGCUCAGGCCAUCUCAAAAGACACUAUAAUACAACGUUGCACAAGAACGCUGUGAAAAAUGGCAAGGAACCUGAUCCGGCAAACUUACCGAUUAGCGCUCAUCAUCAUCCUGCUAGAGAGAAUAAUCAUUCAGGCAGUAGGGGCGGAGGGGCGCCCGCACGAUCUCCGCCGGAUUUAUCAUCUUCCAGGAGUCCCCCAAACUUGAUGGCAGGUCCCUCGGGCGAGGCGACGAGGGGCCUGCUUCACACGCCCACCACGCACUGCAAUUCCAACAGCAGCAACAGCAGCAGCGACUCUUCGGUAACAACUCUGCAGCAACAGUUGGUCCAUCUGCCGCACUCGGGAAUAAUGCCGGUCAAUUCUCCGAUUCCAUCGUCGCUGGCGGGACAUCAUCAGCAACAAAUGGGUUCUGCGCCUCAUCAGCUGGGCCUCCAGCAGCAGCAGCAACAACAGCAGCUUCACCUGCCAACGGAUUCGCCGGGCCAGCCGGUGCAUCAUACCACGAGUUCGCCCAUACCCCCACAGGCGGCAUCGCACAUGAAUUGCCCUUCACCAAUGGGUACAUCCCCCCACCCGCAUCACAUGAACUCGCCACCAGGCUCGGUCCAUCCGGCGAUGACUUCGCCCACGGCAAUGGGGGGUACUACGAUGCCUCAUCAGCCGUACCCAAACGCCUUGCCCCCCCACGUUACAAUUACUACCAACACCCCGGCGGUCCUACUGGAGUCUACCCAACCAGUUACCACCAUGCAACUAACUACUAUUGGUAACGAGCAAAAUGACCAACAACAACAUCAGCUGCUGCCUAGUUUUACGAUCUUCGAUCAGAAGAAUUUCACGCAAAUCGGUGUACUAACUGGGUUUGUAGUAGAACAAAACCAGAUACAAACCGUUAACGUGGGGGGGCUAAGCGCGGAGGAGAUUGCUCCUCAAGAAUCUUUUGAAUCUUCCACAACGUCCUAUGACCCGUAUUCACCAUCGCGCUAUAAGUCGUUGACCGAUAUGGACGUAACAACGAUACAAACAAACGAGGAACAUGUAUCUUCGCUUUCCUAUCAGCUUGAGCAACAGCGUAUUGAUCUCGAAACAAAUAAUAAUCAUCUAUCACACUCGAGGCAGGCGAAGGAGGAUGUAGACCCGAACAUCGGUUUGCAACCUAAGAAGGAACGUAAGAGUAAGACCAACUCGAGUAAGCAACGUCAGAUCACCAGCACUGCAGCCAAUUUUAUUUCGAAGGAUGGUGUCUUUAUGUGCAUUGAUUGUAACAAGUCUUUCGUGAGAGGUUGCUAUCUCACGCAGCAUAACAAAAGCUUCCAUUCGGGCGACAAGCCAUUUAAAUGUGCCCAAUGCGGCAAGCGAUUUCCGAACAAAGAAGUGUACGAAAAACAUGUUCAGAUGCAUACCUGUGCGAGGAGGCAUCAGUGCGACGCUUGCCCGAAAGUGUUCGCCCACAAGACCGACCUCAAGCGGCAUAUCUGCAUCCAUACCGGUAAACGGCCGUUUAAAUGUGAUACUUGCGGUAAGGGAUUUAUCCGACAAGAUCACAUGAAGAAGCAUCAGGACACGCACAACAAGAAAGCACGAUUGACCGCGCAACGGCAGAACGUCCAACGGCUAAAUGCUCAGCGGCUCAACGGUUCGCGUUUCAACAUUCAACGGUUCAAUACUCAACGAUGCAAUGUUGAACGGCCCAACGAUGUCCAUAACAACUACGACAGAAAAUUGUAAAGACGUGUGUCUCCGGGAUGUCAAGCCCGAUUGGGCUGCCCGACCACUGCGCGGCUUCGAGAUCGUCUCGAUGACAGAACGAAAGGUAAUGUUCGUCGAUCGACAAAUAUCGUUUUUGUCCGCCUUUUUCUUUUUCUGUUCGUUCAAUCCAAUAUAUAUAAAAAUACAAUAUACAAUCAUUUGCUAAUGAUUUGAUAUUUAUUUUGUAAUUCUCUAUAAAAUGCAGUAUUCUUAAUAAAAUGAAGCAAAUAACAAA